AACAUAGAACAUGUCUUUGUCAGCUGAAUAGCUGAGUUGCUAGCAUUAUUUCAUUGCUGAAGUUGGUCAACAGUCUACCCAGUUGUUAAAAUCUUCCAAUCCUUCAUGUAUAAGUUGCUAAUAUAGUAGUAUUGUAAAGCUUAUUUAUUGCACUUGAACACAGUAGAAUUACACAAAAAAAACCCUACUUAAAUCAGUAUUGAAGACAAUGAGGAGUGAAGAUUCGCGGAGGCAGAGCAAGGAAAGGACAACCAAAUGUCAACAUUGUAUAUUCUGCAAACAGUAACAAAAUAGUGCUGGGAACUCUCAUUUCAUUUACACUAUACAUUCUCAUCGACAUCAAACAUUAUGCCAAAAAGCAGAUUCAGUUCAUGUAAGUGUUGAGACGAGUGAUGAAACGUGUCUCCCACUGAAAACGCAUCGUCCAGCUGAAGAGAAUAAGCUUUCUGGGAUUUCCUUACAUUUAUGAUUGAGCAUGCAUCGAGACAUCAAAGAAUAAUGGUCUCAGUUUACACAGAACAAGAGUGCAUGCUGCAUUCAUUCUCUGCACAUUUGCAUCUUCUUGUAGAAUGCUCUUAAAAUCAGAAUCUUAAGAGGAUUUACUUUUACAUUAUCCAGUUCUCCUCAAAGUACAGCAGGCAUUCAGUAAGACUAGACUAAAACUUCAAUACGACACAUAAAUUGUGGAAUCUGCUUUUUACAGAUUGUGUUGCCAUAAUCUGCAACAAACGUUAUUUAUUAGUUUGAUAUAGAUGAAGGUUCUAUUUUGAACUGUUUGUGACUUUUAGUGUGAGUGCGCUGAGAUGGUUGGAAAUGCAUGUGAAUCAGAUGUAAAUAGUGCGACAGCGCCCUCUCUUGGUUAUGACCGGUUAUACGUUUACCUUCGUUGUGUCCCCUUUGCAUUAAAGUCUCAGAGUGGAUUACUUCAUUUCCCUUGUUUUAAACGUGGUAGAAAAUGGUGAUGUAAAAGAUAGUAAUAAUUAACUGUGACAGAAUAAAUAUAUUUCAUUUAUUUGCAAAAAGUCAAAGUCAAAAUACUGAUAAUAAACCACCAUUUUCAAGAAGUUUCAAGAACUUUGCUCUUUCUUUUUUUGCUUUCCCCAUUAAUUAUCACAUGGCCUAACAGGUGUAUUUGGGGACCCUUAAGGGCCUGACCCCAGGGUGGAGAACUGUGAAAAUCAGUUCCAUGCUGACCAGAUACAUUCGAAUACUGCGUUUGCUUCAGUGCAUUAAUAUUGUUAAGUCACAUUUCACUAUAUAUAUCAGGUCUUAAGCUUCUAUAUCUUAGAAGAAUUAUAUUGUUGUUUGAUGUUUAGUCAUAUAGAUUUAUAGCAUUUUCACAUCACUCAUUUCAAAGUUUCUGAUUUACCCGCCCAUUUUCGGUUGGAGAUGACGUAGGGAAAGGGGGCGGUUCCAGAGCGGCCGGUUACUUUGACUGCAGCGGCAAGAAAUCAUUUGGACGGUGAAUUUCACUUUUCCUUUUUGGGAACGAAUGAAGUAGUGUUCGAAGGAUUUUCUCAUCACCAUGAAGCGGAGAAGCAAUACCAACGUCACCAGGAGGAGUUCAACAAUUAAAAGGCGCAGUGAGAAUUUGCGUUUUGAUGAAUUCGGCUUUGCUCUCACUAAAAAAAAGGACCAGAAACUUCAUCACCGGUGUCACGAUUACAGCUACCCCCCGCUGAGCUCAGUGAGGGUGAAAGAGCUGUGUGAGCUGCUCAGCUACUGGAAUGGAGCCAGCUUUAUCUGCAAGAGCCAAAUUGAGCGAUUUAUCAAAAUGGGUAUCCCUCCAAGCCUGCGCGGCAGAGUAUGGAAGUGCCUGCUUACCACUGAUAUUUUGAGAGAUGCCAGUGACUUCAACUACCAGACAUGUUUGUCUGAGGUGCGAGGACCUUUGGUCGACCUGGGAGUCAGUGAAUACGGCAUCUUGUCUGCAAUCACUACACUGAGCGACACUCAGAACAACCUGGGCUUAAACCGUCAACAGUCCACCAGCCCUUCAAAGCCCCGCUACUCUGUCGAUGACAUCACACUCUUCAGACAAAUCGCCCUGGACCUGCAGCGUUCCUUCCCUACUCAUCGGUCCUUGAUGGGAGAAAGUCCCGAGGCCAUCGAGGGUCAAGCGAAACUCUUCAGGGUCCUAAUCGCCUGCGCCAAAUACAACCCAAAGGUUGGAUACACCCAAGGGAUGUCCUACAUAGCAGCAGUGCUGCUGAUGGAGUUGGGGGAGGAGGAGGCCUUUUGGGCUCUGGUGGCUUUGUUGGAUAAACCCAAAUAUCUGGGUGAAAUGUUUGACCUUAGUCUCACCAAGGUGCAGCACCAGGUAAAGGUGUUUGACCAGUUCUUAAAACACAGGAAGCCCGAGCUCUCCAAGCACAUGGAGUCAGUGGGAAUCUUGUCAGUCCACUUUGUGAUGCCGUGGUUCCUGACCCUUUUCACUUCCCUGCCCUGCUGGGACUCUGUUCUGGCUGUCUGGGAUCUCAUCAUUCUACACGGCUUGUCAGCUGUCUUCCGUACCGCUCUGACCAUUGUUGAGCUCUUGGAGCCCCGACUAAUGGACCUGAAGGAUGAAGGAGCAAUAUUACCCCUUCUGUUAAGAGUACCUGUUGAUGUGGCCCAGUAUACUGUGUUGGUUCCUGCCCUGUGGAAUACAGAGGUCCAAGACUGGGAGCUUAAAUGCAUGAACAGCCUGGAGCUGGAUGAAAGCCACAAUGAACCAAAAGCAGAACAAAGUGAAACUCAGGGCACACUGUCUGGUGAAGUCACCAAAGGAAAAGAGAAAGAAAAUGUAUCACCAUCAUCUGUGGGAGAAAAGACCACUGAGAAGGUCACACUUCCAGGUGCUGUAAAUAUACUGACACGGGUGAUGCGCCUGGCUCAACGGCACCUUUUGGACCCAAUGGGGCGACAGCGGGUCGAAAAAAAGAGUUCACAAACACAGGCAGCACCCAGACAGCAGAGUCCUGCAACUGGACGCUUCUGCGGGAGUCGGACUUCGGCUUCAUUAACACAAGCGCAGAUUCGAUCCAGGAGGCGAACGCAGCAGAGAGGCGUCACGAAUCAGCCAGUAGUGGAGGAGAGCAGUGACGAUGUUACUGUGGGAGAUGCAGAAGAUUGCGAAAAAACUGAAGGGUCAGAGCAAACUUUAAAGAGGUCAGGUACAGGACCUGUUUGCAAGGUGGUUCACGGUCGGAGCAAUCACAGCAGAGUCAAGUCUUUCCGUCGUCUUCGAAGCGUCAAGAGCCCAGUUAAGCAGGCCCCUCCCCCCGCUUCAUCCUCCACUGUUCCCGCUUCAUCCUCCACUCUUCCAUCUACCCGUAGUCCACCUUCUACUCUUCAGCCCUCCAGUGUUCCUAAAAGUGGGGAGCAGAACGACUCGCCCAGGACAGCUCUCAUCAAGGAGUUGUCAUCCAGACAGCAGAACAGCUUCCCGUUCAGGAAGGCCAAAGAGUCGAAGCUGAUCUGACACUGAAGGAAGAAGAAAAGAUGUGAUGGAACAAGGGAGGAAUACAGUGCUUAAACCUUACUAUGUAGUUUGGUUUGGGAUCUGGAAUAGUUGGUAAAGGAUGUGUGAUUAAGUUGCACCUCAAACACGCCCAGAUCAUCUGAGGUCAAUCUGAUUUUAUAGUUUGUGCUGAGCUGUAUAGCCAAUCUCAGAUCAGCCGCAGUGUGAAACCUGCUAACUGUUUUAUGUAGUUUGAUUGUGUAACUGAAAUUUUAUUGUGUGCUUAUUUUCUGUCUACUGGUGCAAUGUAUUUCUUCUAGUUGAAUCAUAAAUGCUUAACACUGACAUUUUAUUCCCUUUAGCAGCUGACACUAAUAAAUUAUGAUAUUGUUUUUGAAAGUGACACGUUAUUUAUUUAGGAGCAUGCCCAAACUGCACUCUGCGUUGGUUGUGCCAGUUUUUCAUCAGACUAUCAAAACCACCGUCUUACUAUGUAAUUAUUUUGAACCAGUAUUGGAACUCUUAUCAGUCACACCCAGAAAGUGUCACCAGUGCUCAGUCUUUGAUGUUUGUGUUCACUGCAUUUAAAUUGAGUGCAAAAAGCUUUGGAAAUUGGGUCAGUUUGACUGGUUAUUGGUCAAGUCAAGUCAACUUUAUUGUCAAUUCUGCCACAUGUACAGGACAUACAGA